ACUGGGGAUCUUACAUUGGAUCUGCUAUGACCACAAUGUACCCUAAGGAAGUUAUAGGUUUCCACACGAACUUGCCCACUGCUUCCACGUCAAAAGCGUUCAUGCUGAUGGCUGUUGGACAUUACUUCCCAGAUCUGGUAGUGGACUCCUCUCUAUCCAACAGGAUCUACCCUCUAUUGAAUAAGACCCUUUGGCUGCUGCAAGAAACUGCUUACUUCCACUUCAUGGCCACCAAACCCGAAACUAUAGGAAUCGCAAUGACAGACUCUCCAGCUGGUUUCAUGAGCUUCUUCCUCCAGUGUAUAUCAGGCGGCACUCGGAAGGUUAACCCUCGGGAACCUGAAGGUGGACUUCUAAAGUACUACACACGGGAGCAGCUGAUAGACAACCUGAUGAUGUACUGGACUGAUAAUAAGAUCACCACGUCGAGCAGACUUUACUACGAGACUAUACGUAGCAAGAACGGAAGCCAGGUUAUGUCAUACCCAACAGACGUACCUACAUGGGCGCUACAGGCCCCUGACGAGAUCAUCUACAUGUCUCCUAUAAUGCUGGCUACAAAGUAUAAGAACCUGCGUCACGCAACUGUCCUGGAGAAUGGAGGCCAUUUCCUAGCGCUGGAGCGGCCGGCGGAGUUCGGCGCGGACGUGCUGCGCGCUGUCACUGAGUUCGUCAGAUGGGAUGACCUUUACGGAUAUUGAUUGUUAUGACUUUGAAGUUUUGUUAUGUAUACCCUAUAGU